CUGAGCGCGGUGUGUCCGGGCUGUGUUGGCAGGCGGGCGGCGCGGCCCCUCGCCCGGCCCGGCUCCCCACCAUGCUGGACGGGCUGAAGAUGGAGGAGAGUUUGCAGAGCGCCCUGGACCCCGCGACCCCCUUCUCCUCCUUGCUGGGCAGAGCCGCGACCCCCAAGUCGGUGUGCGAGGGGUGUCAGCGAGUGAUUUUGGACCGGUUCUUGCUGCGCCUGAACGACAGCCUGUGGCACGAGCAGUGCGUCCAGUGCGCGUCCUGCAAGGAGCCCCUGCAGACCACCUGCUUCUACCGCGACAAGAAGCUCUACUGCAAGCUGGACUAUGAGAAGCUGUUCGCGGUGAAGUGCGCGGGGUGCCUGGAGGCCGUCGCGCCCAGCGAGCUGGUGAUGCGCGCCCAGAAGAGCGUCUACCACCUGCACUGCUUCUGCUGCUGCGUCUGCGAGCGGCGCCUGCAGAAGGGCGACGAGUUCGUGCUGAAGGAGGGGCAGCUCCUCUGUAAGGGCGACUACGAGAAGGAGCGGGAGCUGCUGAGCUUGGUGAGCCCGGCUCUGUCGGAUUCUGGCAAAAGUGAUGAUGAGGACAGCAUCUGCAAGUUGGGCCAGGCCUCAGGGAAGGGUGCUGAGGAUGGGAAGGAUCACAAACGGCCCAAGAGGCCACGAACCAUCCUGACCACACAGCAGCGGAGGGCGUUCAAGGCAUCGUUUGAGGUCUCCUCCAAGCCCUGCAGAAAGGUGCGGGAGACGCUGGCAGCAGAGACGGGGCUGAGUGUCCGUGUGGUGCAGGUCUGGUUCCAGAACCAGAGAGCAAAGAUGAAGAAGCUCGCCAGGAGGCAGCAGCAGCAGCAGCAGGACCAGCAAAACACACAGCGCCUGAGCUCGGCCCAGACAAACGGCGGCGGCGGCGGCACGGGGCUGGAGGGGAUGCUGAACCCCUACACGGCGCUGCCCCCGCCGCAGCAGCUGCUGGGCAUGGAGCAGGGCGUCUACGGCUCCGACCCGUUCCGGCAAGGGCUCACCCCACCCCAGAUGCACGGGGACCACAUGCACCCCUACGGUGCCGAGCCCCUCUUCCACGACCUGGACAGCGACGAUACCUCACUGAGCAACCUGGGGGACUGCUUCCUCGGCACAGCAGACGCGGGGCCGCUCCAGGCACGAGUGGGAAACCCCAUCGACCACCUGUACUCCAUGCAGAACUCCUACUUCACCUCCUGAGCGCAGCGUGGUCCCCCCCAGGAGGGGCCGCAGAGCUCCCAGGGUUGGGAGGGAGGGGAGCAACGCUGCUGGGAUGCCGUCGAAUAAUGUUGUAGCUUGGGAUUCCCAAGGAGCGAGUUAAGUUAUGGGUUGCUUAGUUUCAUGUUUCUCUUAGGAGCCUAGGAUUAGGGACAGGAGUGGCUUUUGCAGCUGGCUGGUGGAUUUUCAAAUUUCAGACGGGGACACACAUUUUCUCGUUUCGGCAGGGGGAGGGGGGCUCUCCUGUAGGAGCUUCCCAGCGCUGUAUCCCACCUUUGGAAAGAGCGAACUGCCGGUCUUCGUGGGGAAAGCCUGCGGCAUCAGCUGGGCUUUGAAAUUUGAAAAGCUGACAACAGAGCUUUGGAGAAACACGAGGGGAAAAUGUCGCUGCAGGGUUUGGUUUUUUUCUCCCCCUCUGUUCCCUCAACCGGGAUUGAGUGCCCGCUGCUUAAACCUAGGGACUUUUAAGAUAGAUGUUCCCAUGCGAAUAUAGAAAGCUAGAAACCCCUAACAUUGUCCCUGUCCCCGAGGACGGGGCUGUGUGUGUGGAUGAGUGUG